AUGAGAGCAAAGCAGACACCCGUGAAGACGGGCCUGUUUCUCAGACCAGAUGGAUACGAAUUCGUGGUGGUUAAGUGCGAACCGGAUGAAGCCGUUCUAGCCAUGAACACCGACUACUUUAUUGAAGGGUCACCUCUGAAAAGGUUCGAGAAGGUGCAAUUCAUCUGCCUUUGGGACUUUGAGCGCACGCGCACGGAUCAGGAUGCCACGGCCUUGUUCCAAGAGUACAUCAAUCCCUACUUCAAGAAGAUCAACUCCAGCGAGGUCACGAGCAUCGUCAGCGUGCAUGAUCACCUCCAGAUCAACGGCAUGGAAUUUCAGGUGAUGGCUGCUGAGCCCGUCCCCCCAGAAAUUGGCAUCGUGGACAUGAGCACAGUGGUCUUUGUCGAUUGGGACAACACGCCAGAGUUCUCGAAGAUCCACUUUGUGCCCUUUCAGGACACUUUACCGGCAGCGUAUGAGUACGACAUUUUCAACGACUACCUGAAGCCUUACCUCACACGGAACAAACAGCAAAGCUUUGCCAUGAACGACCAGUUCACUUUUCAGGGGGUUCAGUUCAAAGUCGUGUGCUGCGAGCCGCGCGGAGAAAGGGGAAGGAUUGGCAAGAACACCACUAUCUACUGCGAAGGGGUUCUUCAUCCGUCCCUCCGCAACUUGCUUCCACCAGAAAUGCUGGAGCAGCUACAGAGCUUGCCGCCCGGGCUUCAAAUGAUGCUCCUCAACACUGAGGCACUUGCUGGCGGAUAUGAGGAGCGCUUGAUGGAGGUCCAGGAGAUCCUGUCCCGAAGGCAUGGAAUGGCUCAAGAGGUCAUCGAUCGGAUCCCGCGCACCAGGUGGACCGAAGACCAGAGCGAACACGGGCAGACUCAGUGUAUGGUCUGCUUGUGCCCCUUCGAGGAGGGCAAUGAGGUGCGACGGCUGCCGUGCCAACAUGUCUUCCACCUCCAGUGCAUUGACGAGUGGCCAGCGGGAGGGGCGGGCGAUAAUUACAGAAAGGGCUGGAUACUUCAAGCUCUUCGCACCUCCUGCGAGUUUUUUGUCCCAAGGCAGGCUUUUUCCAUAGUUGUAAAAACAAAAAAGAUGCAGUCAUCUCGCAGACUCAGCUUAAAGUGA